AUGGAAAUGUCUGACAUAGAUCAAGCUGCAGUUAUUCCAGAUUGCAGGCCCGAGCUCCAACCGUACGUUGGUCAGGUGUUUCAAACAGUAGAAGAUGGAAUUUCCUUUUAUGAAGCAUAUGCCAAAUACUGCCGGUUUGAUACUCGAAGAUUUGGACACAAAUAUGCACAUGGUGUCAAAACCUGGCAGACCAUUGUGUGCAGCAGGCAAGGUGAAAAAAUGGAUGCUGACGAAGACGGUAGCUCUACCAAACGUAGACGCCAUUCUAGCAGAUGUCAAUGCAAUGCGAAACUUACGAUGAAGUAUAUAAACGAUUCCGACAGUCCUCGAUACGUUGUCAGCAACUUUGUAGCCCAACAUAAUCAUGAUAUGGUCGAUACAAAGCACGUCAGAUACAUGAAAUCCAACCGUAACCUUGGGGAUAUCCAUUAUAAAUUCCUGCAGGACUGCACAAAAGCCAACAUUGGACCUACACAGACUUUCAAUUUAUUGAAAGAGUUCCUAGGUGGCUAUGAUGCUGUGGGUUGCACUGUUACUGAUUUACGGAACGGCAAACGCGACAUAUUGCAAGAAAUGAAAGGCGCUGAUGUCCAGAUGAUUUUAAAUCAAAUGGAGGAGAAGAAGAAAACCAGUGACGGUUUCUAUUACAAAUUCCAGCAAGGUAGUGACGGAAAGUUAAGUAGUCUUUUUUGGUGUGACGCUGUGUCCCGACAGAACUACAAGAUGUUCGGUGACAUUGUAUCCUUUGAUACUACGUACUCAACAAACAGGUAUUGCAUGGUGUUUGGGCCAUUCACUGGAAAAGACAACCACGGAUGCCCUGUUACGUUUGGUGCCGGGUUCGUUUCAAAUGAGGGAGCCGACUCAUUCUCUUGGUUGCUUAGUGAGUUUGUAGAAUGUAUGGGGUUCGCGCCCAAGUUGAUAAUAACUGACCAGGAUUGGGGGAUGAAACUUGCCAUAGAACGUGUGCUAACUAGUACUAGGCAUCGGUGGUGCAUGUGGCACAUCAUGAUGAAGCUUCCUGAAAAGGUACCCAAAAGAAUACUUGCCAACGAAGAGUUGAAGAAGGAUUUGGACUCUUGUAUAUGGUCUGAAUUGUUGGAGCCAGAGGAAUUCGAAGAAACUUGGCUGACCAUUAUGGACCAAUAUGGUUUUCAAAAUGAAUCCUGGUUCACAAAUAUGUUCACACAAUGA